AGUUUCUGGAGAAAGUAAAAACGCAAAGUGUAAAGUUGAAGUUAAGUUAUUAUGAUAAAAAUCCUCUUUUAAUUAACUUCAAUUUUUAGUUGUUACCUUGUUCAAUACAUUGGAACUUUUUUUUUCAAUUCUGCAUUCUUUUUCAUUUUGAGUUGCAUUUUUCUUUUUCUAUUUAAUUGUGAACUGUUACCUGUUUUGUUAACUUGUUUAUCCCUAAAAGCUUUAAAAUAUUAAAAAUGUGUGAAGUUCAGUGUGGUUAUCAAGCUGGUGCUAAAUUUUGGGAAGUUCAUUCUUGGUUAAAAAGUCUCCGAUUGCAUAAAUAUUCUGAUCUCUUCUCUAGGAUGACUUAUGACCAGAUGAUGUCGCUGACUGAGGAACAAUUGGAAGCUCAAGGAGUAACCAAAGGUGCUCGACAUAAGAUAAUAUUGAACAUUAACAAAUUGAAAAAUCGAGUCAAUAAUUUGAAAGCUUUGAUUCAAAGUCUCGAUGAAGAAGGAUGUAAUUUUAUUCGACAAGCACUUAAUGAGCUUAAAACAAUCCUAAACACUCCUAUUAAACCCUAUGUCAACAACUCACUUGGUUCAACUGCAUCACCUGACUCAUCACCUAGAUGUGAUUGUGAAGACAACAUCGAGAAUAGUCCAUCUUAUCAAUGUGACUGCUUUGGAUCCAGUUCUGAUGCACAUGAACUUUUAAUAAACCACAUAAUCAAAGUUAUUGAAAAGAUUGGAUCCCUUUUCAUUUACACCCAAUAUGUAGACGAUGAAUGUCUUAAGAUGUUUAAUGUCUGUAUUGACAAGUGUCUUUCACACGAGGCUUUUUCUGGACCUCACAAACAACGUCUCUGUUUCUGGAAACAGCAGACUGACUCUUUACGAUACUCAUUUCCAGGACGGCGCUCAAUGGGCCAUAGACAACUUAAAGGAAAAUGGGGUAACCCGAAGCAACCAAAUGAAUUUAACAAUGGCAACAAUAUGAAUUAUAAUCAAAGCAACUAUUUAAACGGUAACAUCUCAUCUGUUACUGGCUUCUUACACUGUAAUAAAUCGGCAUUGAAUGCAAGCAACAGUAAUGUUAAUAAUUCUCGACGGACUCGGCCCAUGGGUCAAACCAAUUUGACGCAACCUAAUUUCAGGUUUAUUUGUAAUUACAAUCAUUCACUUGGAUUUCCAGGAAUGGAACGCAGCAUGAAUUCAUCCUUUAUCAACCAAGGUUUCAACGAACACUUGAAGUAUAUUCCUAGUAAUUUAUCUAACGACGGAUUGGUUUUAAAUAAUAUUCCAGGAUCUCCUAUUAACCGAUCUUCACAAAUCAACAAUUCUGGUCAACUAAUGAACAAUGUUCUGUCUGGAAAGGAAUCUGAUUCUAUCAAUACUUACAUUGAAAAAUUAUGUCUACGAAUGACAGAACAAGCAUUGGGUGGCGGAAUGGAUGAGGACAUGGACUUUUAAUAGAUAAUGUAAUUAUUGGAUAUUUUUAAAUCGCGACAAUAACGAAAACGUUAUUUUCAACUGUUAUUGCUACUGUUAAAAACGCAAAUGGUUAUAUACAUUAUAUUACAAACCUUUCUCUCCCCUUCUCUUCAAUAACAAGAUUCAUCUGAUUUGAAAUGUAACGAUUCUCACAAAUCAUUUCUCGUUCAUCCCUAAUGUUUUUUUCCCUGUUUUUGUUAUUCUCUUCUUAUAUUUAUCUACUCUUCCACCCUUUCUCCCACUUUUCAUCCAUUUUUUUCCUUUACUUUUCUAUAAUUACAACAUGUCUUGGUAAAAAUUCAAGAUAAAAUGUGUUCAAAUUAAUCCUCAA